CAGGGUCACAUGUUGAAUGGUGUAAACAGCUUAUAGCUGCUACAAUUUCUAGUCAGAUUUCAGGUUCAGUGACAUCAGAAAAUGUAUCCAGAGAUUACAAGGUUUUCAGGAGGCCUGAUAUAAGGAAUAUUCAUAAAGCAAGACAAAGAUUGGCUCUAAGGGAUGGAAACAAGCUGGCACAGAUGGAAGAAGCUCCACUUUUCUCAGGAGAAUCAAUUAAGGCCAUUGUGAAAGAUGUCAUGUAUAUCUGCCCGUUUAUGGGAGCAGUGAGUGGAACUCUGACAGUGACGGACUUUAAGAUGUACUUCAAAAAUGUAGAGAGGGACCCACAUUUCAUCCUUGAUGUUCCCCUUGGAGUGAUCAGCAGAGUUGAGAAGAUUGGUGCGCAGAGCCAUGGAGACAAUUCUUGUGGUAUAGAGAUCGUGUGCAAGGAUAUGAGGAAUUUGCGGCUUGCAUAUAAACAGGAAGAGCAGCGUAAACUUGGGAUAUUUGAAAACCUCAACAAGCAUGCAUUUCCUCUUUCUAAUGGACAGGCACUAUUUGCAUUCAACUAUAAAGAAAAGUUUCCAAUUAAUGGCUGGAAAGUUUAUGACCCAGUAUCUGAAUAUAAGAGACAGGGCUUGCCAAAUGAGAGUUGGAAAAUAUCCAAAAUAAACAGUAAUUAUGAGUUCUGCGAUACCUACCCCGCUGUCAUUGUUGUGCCAACUAGUGUAAAAGAUGAUGACCUUUCAAAAGUAGCAGCCUUUCGAGCAAAAGGCAGAGUCCCUGUAUUAUCAUGGAUUCAUCCGGAAAGUCAGGCAACAAUUACCCGUUGUAGCCAGCCACUGGUGGGUCCCAAUGACAAACGCUGCAAAGAGGAUGAAAAAUACCUGCAAACAAUAAUGGAUGCUAAUGCACAGUCACAUAAACUUAUCAUCUUUGAUGCCCGACAAAACAGUGUUGCUGAUACUAACAAGGCAAAGGGUGGAGGAUAUGAAAGUGAAAGUGCUUACCCAAAUGCAGAACUCGUGUUCUUAGAAAUCCACAAUAUUCAUGUGAUGAGAGAGUCACUCCGAAAAUUAAAAGAGAUUGUAUACCCUUCCAUUGAUGAGGCACGGUGGCUAUCCAAUGUGGAUGGAACGCACUGGCUGGAAUAUAUUAGGAUGCUUCUAGCUGGGGCAGUAAGAAUUGCUGAUAAAAUUGAAUCUGGGAAAACCUCCGUGGUGGUGCACUGCAGUGAUGGUUGGGACCGAACCGCUCAACUCACCUCUCUGGCAAUGCUGAUGUUGGACAGUUAUUACCGGACCAUUAAAGGAUUUGAAGUUCUCAUAGAAAAGGAGUGGAUAAGCUUUGGGCAUAGGUUUGCACUGGUAAGUUGACACAGUGAGGCUUAUGCUUAACUGUUUUUGCUCUGUCAUAUGCAUGUGUACAUACAUGUUUGUAUGUGUUUGCAGGCUUUCCCGUGUGUAUAUGACCUGAAUUGCCAUAAUAGACUACCAUGGAUAUCAACAUUGUAUGUUCCUGAUAGGACUUUUUAAAAAUGUAGUUAUGCCUUUUUUAAAAAAUGAGGUGAAAUUCAUGUAACGUAGAUUUAACCACUUUAAAGUGCUUAAUUCAGUGUUCUAUAGUAAAUUCACAGUGUUGUGUAUCCAUUACCUCUGUCUAGUCUCAAAACAUAUUCCUUACCUCAAAUGGAACCCCUGUAUACAUUAAGCAGUCACUCCCACAUUCCUCCUCCCUUAAAUCCCUGACAACCACUAAUCUGAUUUUUGUCUGUAUGAAUUUGCCUAUUCUAGUUACCUAAUAUAAGUAGAAUCAUACAAUAUUUAUCCUAUGACUGGCAUAAUGUUUUUG